AUGGGUAAUGUCGCCUUAGAAACGACCCUACUAGAACCUGUCUUAGAUCCCGUUCUAGAGAUUUCUCGUGAGGACUACAUUUCGGGGUCGAUACAACAGUUCACUUUGCAAGAUAGUGUUCCUCUUCCAGCACACCCCAUCCCAUCUACUGGGCCGCUUGUUUCCUUGGAAGGCUUUGAACCUCCCGUGGGCAAUCAUGCAACGGAAUCUUGUGACCCGGUAUCUUCAGAGAAUCUUCAGCUAAUAGGCUCGUCUGCAGUGACUUUGGGUACAACACCUUUGAGUGGACCUAGCGGAUGGAUGGGUGUUUCAGAAAUGCCCGAGCAUUCUGUCUUGAUGGACUCAUUUUUCGGUGGUUUUCUACCCAGUGUCUCACCUCAGUUUUGUGAUCCUCGACUUUCCCCGAGCGCUGUUUUCGUUCCACAAUUUGUGGCGGACCCACUCUUGAAAGAGGUCUUUUAUGCAUGCGGAGCUGCUUAUCUCUCGAAUACUGUGCCAGGAAUGAGAGAACUUGCACAAGAGAAAUAUGAGCAAUGCCUAAUGCAAUUCUCUCAUAGGGUUGACCAGAGCGUAGGUGACGCUCAAGACUGGAUGGUUGCUGUUGCACUUCUUCUUUGUUUGAGAGACAAAUUCAUAGGCACAACUCCCGAAAUAUCUGCUAUCCAUUUAGCUAAAACGCUACGACUCAUUCGUGAACUUCGAAAGAGUACUGAAGGUGUAUCGGUCAACCUCAAGGUCUUCGUUGAGAGCUUUUUGUUCAAUUACAGUGUGAUGAUCAUCACUGGAGGAGAAAGUGUGCUGAAGUUUCUUCCGAGCCCUUUUGAAAUAUUCGAUGAGGUGAGGCUGAUUUUGGAUUAUCAUCCUUAUCAAUGCCCUGUGCCAUGGAUGGAGAAUCCUGUCUUUGGAGCAGCUACAAAAACGGUGGAAAUAGCCGCUAAGCUGUCAUGGCUACUAUCGCAGUAUCCAUUGAAUGAUGCAGAUAUGGCUUUAGCUUGUAACUUGCUUUCAGAGACAUACAAGAUAAGAUAUCCUCCUAUGGCACCUGACGCUGAAAUUCGUCUUGGUUCACAAUCAUAUUUCAUGCUUCAGGAGAGUGUUACGGUUAGUGAAAUCGUAAGACACUCCUGCCAACUUCUAUUAAUGCGGCUAAUUAUACCCAACCUUGAGCUGCUGCAUAUUUCCAUUAAGCAAAAAGUAGCUUUAAUCUAUGACAUGAUGAAAGGAUUGUCGGAAGAUUCGCCUUUGUGGGUCAUCCUUGGAUGGCUGAUGAUGAUAACGGGACUUAAUUCUAUUCAGCCUGAUCAUCGAUCAUUCCUUAUCCAUUCUUUAUACCGCUGCGCAAGUAAGUUUCAUGCAGCCUUUCUAGUUCAAAUUGCAGAUUUCCUAGAGAAAGUUUGGAUUGCCAACAAUGACUCUCAAGAUUUUGGAUGGAGCGUCAUUUUUGAUAAAAAACUUCUCUCAAAUAUCUGCAUUUAA